UUGUGCAAUAGAGUCGUAUUAUUUAACAUCCUACAAUUAUGAUGGUGUUUAGGUAAUACAUACUACGUACAUGGUUAUAUAUCUAUCUAUAAAUAAAUGACAUAGUACAGAAUAACGGUACAAGUUGUAAGCGUGUAAUACGUGCAAUUGCCGCACUGUCAUCACUCGUUAUAAGGAUCUCUCUAAUUGUAAGCUCGACGACAGUGCUUUCAAAGUUCAAAACCGUGUUGUCCAAUCGUACAUCUCGCGUAUGUAGUUCAUACCUGAGUUGAAUACAUCACCGAUUCGACAUACACUUAGGUAUACCUAUACGAUAUCCGGUAGUAGUAGUUAGUAGUAGUAGUAGCAGUAAUAGCAGUAGUAGUAAGUAGUUGAGCGAGCCGUAUCAUUUACAGCAUAUCACAGUAGCUCCGGUUAAUCUGCGCUCAUAAAUACACGGUUCAUUUGCACAAAUGUCUAGAUAAAAGAGCAUUUGUCUCGAUAUCGGGUUGGAGUUAAACGUGGAUUACAAUUGUACAUCUCCAGUCAAUUUUCAAAGAUCGGGGAAAACUCGGUGAUAAAAACUUUAUAGCUUUUGAAGAGCACGCUACCUAACCCAGUGCGUUGCAGUCGUCAAAGCUGCGAAGAAUCUAUUCCGACGCUACUCCCACUCGGAAUAAUAAUUCUGAUUAAAAAUCUCUCGGCAUCUCGAGAAUCUCACACACGCAAUUGGAACUUCGUGAGAGUUCGGAGAUCUUCGGUAAUCCUCGGUACGUGUUUUCGGUGUUCGAACGAAUCUGCCGCGUGUGGCUGACAUUUGUCGCAGUGUGACCGUCGUAGCCUCUGGUUAGGCGUAGAGCGAACACUUGUAACUCAGAGUCUUGUGUAAACAUUGGUGCAAACCGUUGGGAACACGAUUAUUUUACGGACGCACGUGAUGGUGGUGACAUAGCGAUGAGAUAAACCUUCUCCCAAUAUUAAACGGGAAUUAAAAGUGCUUGAAAGCUCGAAAUUGCUCUGCGCGUGCCCUGCAGUGUAUUGGAUCACAAUUGUGCCUUAUUAGAAUGCGUUUCGUGGCGCCAGAAUUGAACUCCACCCAGUGUCACCGUCAAGCCAGUCACUCCCGGCAGGAUCUCGACUGCUCUACAGCUACGGGGAAUCGGGAAUCAGAAAAUUGACGGAAAAUGGCCAGGUUUAAGUUGAAUUACAGUCAGCUGCCGGUGAAGGCGCACUUCUUCUUCUUCAUGGCCGCGAUGGGACCGAUCUUACCGUUUCUACCGGUUUACGGAAAACAGUUAGGUGUAUCGCCGGUAGUGAUGGGCAGCAUAACUGCUAUUCUGCCGAUUUUGUUUAUGAUAGCAAAGCCGAUGUUUGGUCUGCUCGUCGACUACUUCCGCUCUUGCCGGAAGGUACUCUUCAUCGCUCUGCUUGCAGCGACCAGCUUGGCUUUCAUGUUUCUACAUUUCCUCCCUAGCCUACCGGGGCCCAUUUUACCCGAAGAUCAUGCUUUCCGGGGAGUUUCCUGUUCGACAAUGGACGCAUGCAAUUUCCAGGAAAUCGAAAUACCAGAGAGCUGUUUUUCCGGACGAAUUAUCAACUGCAACUGGACUUGUUCAGACAGUUUCAGUUUCACUCAGCCGAUCUACUUCGCCGGCGAUCACAGAGGGAAUUUAUCCCGAAGUUCAACCUGUUUGGCAAGUAGACGGGUCAAUGUUGAUUAUAUUAGUUCCGAACGUCAGAACGAAACGAAAAUUGAUUGCACUACGAUCGAAAAUUUCGAUCGCGACAUUUGUAACGUAACUUGCGAACGACUGGAGGAGAAUCUCGAGUUGUCAAGCUGUCUAUACACCUCGGCAACGUUUUGGGGAUUCGUGCUUCUCAUGUCCCUCGGGAAUAUCGGCUUCAACAUCUCCAACUGCGUCAGCGAUGCAAUCUGCUUUGACGUUCUCGGGGAUGACGGACAGAUGGGAUAUGGAAGGCAAAGGGUAUGGGGAACGAUUGGAUUUGGUGUCGCAGCGUUUCUCGCUGGAUUUGCCGUGGAUGCGUGGUCUCAGGGUCAGACCAAAGUUUACACACCCGCUUUUAUCCUCAUUUUUAUUUUCACUUGCUUGGACCUGGCUUGCUGUGUCAAGUUGGAGCUACCAAUCAUGUCCAAAUCGGAGAACAUCUUAAAUGACGUAUGGAAGCUAUUGCGUCACAAGCCAAUUGCGAUAUUUUUGUGCUUUGCAACUCUGGCUGGAAUUCUCGACAGUUUUGUCAUUUACUUUUUAUUCUGGUAUGUCGAGGAUCUAGCAGAGACAACGGGUGACAUGGGACAGAUAAAACUGAUCGAGGGUUUGAUUGUAGCUGCUGAAACUUUGGGAGGAGAAGUUAUCUUCUUUUCCCUGUCUGGUGCAAUAUUGAAGAAAAUCGGGUUCGGGUACAGUUUUGUAUUCUGUUUCUGCUGCUACUCGCUUCGACUGGGUCUCAUCUCCCUGGCACCGACUCCUUGGUGGAUACUUCCAAUCGAGUUUUUCAUGCAGGGCCCGACUUACGCUCUCUGCUACACGACUAUAGUCGCUUAUGCAAGCGUUGUAUCGCCCCCGGGAACCUCUGCAACAGUUCAAGGCAUAGUUGCUGGAAUGGACGACGGCUUAGGAUUCGCAGUGGGAAGUCUAGUCGGUGGGAUUUUGUACAAACGAAUUGGCGGAUCUCGAACCCUUCAAUUAUACUCAUUAGGAGCGUUAGUUUCGGCGUCUGCAUAUUUAAUGCUACACUUGCUGUACCUGAAAGAUGCAAUGCCCAAAAAAGGUAACCGAGAAGGCAUUGAAUACAAAUGUCCAAACGAUGCCGAAGACUCGAAUCUAGAUGAAAAAGAAAUAACAAUUUGUCAAUAAAACGAUAAACAUAAUGUAAAUGAAAUUAAUGGUUUUGAUCGAUGAAUUAUAUAACAGGGUUGUCCGAGCUAAUCCCACCAACUCUCAGACCGUACAACCUUCAAUUAGUUUCUUUCGGUAUUUUGCUAUACCGUGUCAGAAAAUUUUUUAUUUUUUCAAUUUUCCACGCUCAACAUUUUCGAAGCGUAUCGAGUCAAAAGUUGUCCACUUUUGACCGUUAUAUUUCGGAAACUAAUCGUCAUGCGACAAGAAACCAAAUGUACAAAUUUUGGAAAAUUGAACGAACUAUUCAAUACAAAGUGUUUCGUAACUUCAUUUUCAGAACAACAUCAUUUUUUUUUCGAAAGCUAGACCAUUUUUAUUUUUCAAAUUCUUUUAUGUUGAUUCCUUGGAUCCAUUAACAACUACCAAAAAUAUUGCAUUCUGGGUAAAAAAAAAUUACCCAGUCAGAAUGUUGUAUGUAUCACAGUUUAAGGAGAGGAUCAGUGAGGGCGGCAAAUAAAAGUAACUGUAAAAAAUUGCCGAUAAAAAUAUUGUCAAUUUCUUUCUGAAAGCUGUUCGAUGUUCUAAAGUACAUGUGCUUUGUGACACACAUUUAGACAUUUGAAACUAUUUCAAAUAGUUGAAUUCGAAUCUGAAAUUAAAUUUUCAAAUUCAAAGUCCCAAGAAGUUUUCUUACACACUACAACGAAAUACCCAAAGCAAAUUAUAUCGAAGGUAGUGAGGUCUGACGGUGAGUCGGUUUAAUGUAGAUAGCCCUGCAAUAGACUGUAUUUAUUAUAAUUUACAAGAUAGAUAGCUAAGUUACACACACAAUUAAUUUUUUUUUUUUUAACUUUACUCAAUUGAGUUGCUAAUAACAGUUAAUAUUUUUUGCCUUAAUAUAGUUCUAUGAAUUGUAAUACCAUUACCACCGCAGUUUGUAUCUUUAGAUUUUUCAAAAUCUCAGGCAAAGUUUGAUAAUUUUGUUGUUGUAAUUUUAAUUUUUUUCAUUUUUUCAUCUUUCAUCGAAAAAGAAAAUGAUUAUUAUGGAGUGAGAAAAUACAAUAAACAAUUAAUUUUGUAAUUAAAUACGAAACCCCUGAAGUGUAAUUGAAUCGAAGGGUAAUUUCGCUAUUUUGAAUCCCAAUCACAUUCAAGUAACACAUUUAAUUCAAUAAGAGAGAUAAAUACACGGAAACAAAGACCCGACAGUUACUUUUGGACAAUCUAUUGAGAUCCGGGGAUCCCCCCACCGACUAACUGCCAACGGAAACGGUGAAAAGGAGGAAAUCACGAGUGAAGUGUGCACACGGUUCCACGAUAUUCUCAGGAGCGACGUGUGUUGGAUUAAAAAGAGUAAACGGGCACUGGUGACCAACCAGUCCUCGAAAAGAUUCCGCGAAAGAUGCUACACCUUACUUCCUCUGCGAAACAAAU